AUUGCCUACCUUCAGUCUAGAGCUCGGCUGUCUCGAUUAAAACAACAGCUGAAAACGCUUUAAACUUAACAGUUGUUUACCACCAAUACUUAGUUAACGAAACGUUUUAUGAUAAAAUUUAUCGACCGAAAAACUAAAAAACAGUAAAAAUACAUCCUAACCUUAUUGUGGGCAAAUGAGGACAGAAUAAGUACCUACCAUGACGAAAGGUAUACUCAGUCUGCAUUAUUCUAGAAAACAAGUCAACAAUGUUACCUAUAUCCUAACAAAAUGGCAGAAGUUUCCGAGAUCUAAAAUAUACAUACACCGUGCAGAAAAUACUACAACCCGUUAUUUUUCCACGGGAAAUAAAUUGAAGAAAGAAGCUGCUAAAAUAUCAGGUAUACCUUACAAUAAAAUCACCAUUGGUGUCCCAAAGGAAAUUUGGCAGAAUGAAAAACGAGUAUCAGUAACUCCGGCUGUUACAGCGACUUUAGUGAAGAAAGGUUUCAAUAUAAACGUCGAAGAAGAUGCUGGGCUUUCUUCAAAAUUUAGAAAUACAGAUUAUGAAAGUGCAGGUGCCGCUAUAGUCGAUAAACAAAAAGCGUUUUCCACAGAUAUAAUAUUGAAAGUCAGGCAGCCACUCCAAAAAGAAGUUGAAAAAUUUCAAGAAAACUCUACUCUAAUUUCCUUCCUUUAUCCUGGUUUGAACAAAGAUUUAAUACAACAACUUGCACAAAGAAAAAUUAAUGCUUUCGCAAUGGAUUGCAUUCCUAGGAUAACCAGAGCACAAGUUUUUGAUGCUUUAAGUUCCAUGGCGAAUAUUUCAGGCUACAGAGCAGUUGUAGAAGCUGCCAAUCAUUUUCCUCGAUUUUUCUCAGGUCAAAUAACGGCUGCUGGUAAAGUCCCACCUGCUAAAAUUUUAGUCAUCGGAGGAGGCGUAGCUGGCUUAGCAGCCAUAGGACAAGCAAAAAGUAUGGGUGCCAUAGUUAGAGCUUUUGAUACAAGAGCUGCGGUAAAAGAACAAGUUGAAUCGUUAGGUGCAGAAUUUUUGACAGUGAAUAUACAGGAGGAAGGUGGCACAGCUGGUGGUUACAGUAAAGAAAUGUCUCAAGAGUUUAUAGACGCUGAACAUGCUUUAUUCGCCAAACAAUGUAAAGAAGUGGACAUUAUAAUAUCUACUGCUUUGAUACCUGGUAAAAAGGCACCUCUGCUGGUACUCAAGGAACAUAUAGAAUCUAUGAAACCUGGAAGUGUAGUAGUAGAUUUAGCUGCAGAAUCAGGUGGUAAUAUCGAAACAACAAAACCUGGAGAAAUAUACACAUACAACGACGUCGUACACGUUGGAAUAACUGACUUUCCCAGUAUGCUUCCCACGCAAAGUUCGACACUGUAUGCCAAUAAUAUUUCUAAGUUUUUACUGUCGAUGGGUGAACAAAAUCAUUUUAAUAUAAACCUGGAUGAUGAAGUUGUUAGAGGAAGCAUAAUUUUGAAUAAAGGACAACUAAUGUGGCCUCCUCCGCCAACAAAAACGAAUCUGUCAGCUGUUACUCCAGCUAAAAAAGAAUCUCAAGUCCUUAAAGCUGUACCCAAGGAAAUUUCUCCAUUUAGAAAUGAUUUAAAUAAAUCUUUGCUUCUAACAACAGGAAUUGGGUCACUCUUGGGAUUAGGAAUGGCUUCACCUAAUCCAGAAUUUACAUCAAUGUUGACAGUAUUGGGUCUGUCAGGUAUCGUGGGCUACCAUACAGUGUGGGGAGUUACACCUGCCCUUCACUCUCCAUUGAUGUCUGUUACGAACGCCAUUUCUGGUAUAACGGCAGUUGGAGGAUUACUCUUGAUGAAUGGAGGAUUGUAUCCUACUAAUUCUGUAGAGACCCUAGCAGCUGCAGCAGCAUUUGUAUCAUUCAUUAAUGUAUUUGGUGGAUUCUUAGUCACUAAAAGAAUGUUAGACAUGUUUAAAAGGCCUGGAGAUCCGAAGGAAUAUAACUCUUUAUAUGCAAUUCCGGCGGUUGGAUUUAUGGGAGCGUAUGGCUGGGCGACAAUGAAUGGUUUAGCUGAAGUUCAUCAAGCUGCUUAUCUCGCGGCUUCCUUAUGUUGUGUAGGCGCCUUAGCCGGACUAAGUUCGCAAACAACAUCAAGGUUAGGAAAUAAUUUAGGAAUAAUAGGAGUUGCUGGUGGAAUAGCAGCUACUUUAGGACAAAUAGCCCCAAACCACGAGGUAUUAGCUCAAAUGGCCGCCUGCGUUUUAGCUGGUGGCGGUAUUGGUACCUUAAUAGCCAAAAGAAUUCAAAUCACUGACUUACCUCAACUUGUAGCCGGAUUUCAUAGUUUGGUAGGGCUAGCUGCAGUGUUAACAUGUGUAGCUACUUUUCUUCAUGAUUUUCCCACUUUUGCAACCGAUCCAGCAGCUAACGUCGUUAAAACAGCCUUAUUUUUAGGUACAUACAUUGGAGGUGUGACUUUCAGUGGAUCACUUGUAGCUUAUGGGAAACUCCAAGGUCUCUUAAAAUCUAAUCCAUUGCUUCUCCCUGGUAGGCAUGCAUUGAACAGUAGUCUCUUGUUGGCCAAUAUUGCCGCUGGUGGAUAUUUAUUUUAUGAUCCUUCGUUGGCAGGCGGUUUAGGAGCUCUAGGAACUACUGCUGCUCUUUCUUCAGCCAUGGGGCUCACAUUAACGUGUGCAAUUGGAGGUGCUGAUAUGCCUGUAGUUAUCACAGUAUUAAAUAGCUACUCAGGAUGGGCACUAUGUGCUGAAGGAUUUAUGCUUAACAAUAAUUUAAUGACGAUUGUAGGGGCUCUGAUUGGAUCGUCUGGUGCAAUUUUAUCAUACAUUAUGUGUAAAGCAAUGAAUAGGUCACUUCCCAAUGUAAUCCUCGGUGGUUAUGGAACGUCAAGUACAGGUACUGGUAAACCAAUGGAAAUUACCGGAACGCAUACAGAAAUCAACAUAGAUGGUGCUGUUGAAGCUAUUAAGAAUGCUAGAAAUAUAAUAAUCGUUCCUGGUUAUGGACUUUGUGUUGCUAAAGCCCAAUAUCCCAUCGCUGAGAUGGUUGCUAAGCUUAAAGCUGCUGGAAAAAAUGUUAGAUUUGCCAUCCAUCCAGUGGCAGGAAGGAUGCCUGGUCAACUAAAUGUUCUCCUAGCUGAAGCAGGUGUACCAUACGAUGACGUAUUAGAAAUGGAAGAAAUCAACGAUGAUUUUCCUGAAACUGACUUAGUAUUAGUCAUUGGUGCUAAUGAUACAGUAAACAGCGCAGCUUUAGAAGACCCCAACUCACCAAUUGCCGGUAUGCCUGUACUUAAUGUAUGGAAAUCAGAACAAGUCAUUGUUAUGAAAAGAUCAUUAGGUGUAGGUUAUGCAGCUGUGGAUAAUCCAGUUUUUUACAAACCUAAUACAGCUAUGUUGCUCGGAGAUGCUAAGAAAACUUGUGAUCAGUUAUUAGCCAAAGUUUCAGCAGAUUAGUUUAAAUUUUUUUUAAUUAAGUUUCAAUUUUUGUAAAUAUAUAUUUUUUUAAAAAUAAUCGCGAAGGAAAACAUUUUUAUAACAUAAUAUUGAGAAUUGAAAGGAAAACGGUUAUUGUAAUGUAUCUUCAUGCUAACCAAUGUUGGUUGGCCAUAUUAUUUGUAUUAAAACUACUUUGGAACAAACUAUUUAUUAAACAAUAAAAUAAUUAGUUAAA